AUGACCACGCCAGAACCCCCGAAAGCUCCCUGGCAAGAUCUCUUGAACGACCACCUUUCCCAGAGCUCUUCCUCUGAAUUUACACUCGCAACAGCCGCAUACGAUGCAACGAAGAAACGCCAUGUCCCGCGAGCCCGCGUGUGCGGAUUCCGCGGCUUCUUCCCAAACCCGCAACUCCACCCAAGCGCCGUCGACGCACUGAAGACACAAGGUGACGGAAUAAAUCCAGAUGUAUACGAGAGUGACAUGUUCUCGUUUACGACGGACGUGCGAAUGGAGAAGACAGGGCAUAUUCAGCCGGGGUCGUCGGGGUCGGAUGCGGGGAAUGAGGUUGAGAUGGUGUUUUGGUUGAAGGACGUGGAGAGUCAGUGGAGGAUUAAGGGCAUUGCGUUUGUUAUUGGGGAUCAGGAUGGUGGGGGUGUUGAGGAUAAGGCGAGGGAGGGGAUUCAGAAGGGUUUGAGGGUUCGUUCGGAGGAUGGUCGCGGGGAAUGGACUUGGGAGAGGCAGGUCACGACGUAUUUUGCGAAUCAUACGCCUAUUCUACGAGGUUCAUUCAAGUGUCCUCCACCUGGUCAGCCCAAAUCCCAGGUCCCCGAAGAUCUGUCUCUUAAACCUGGACAGGAAGUGGAAGGUCUCCAUGAUCCUGCUGCCAGGAAGAACUUUCGGGUGGUGGUCGUUCGUCCACAAGAGGUUGAGUGGCUGGAUUUAUCGGAUUAUAAGAACCCGGCACGCUGGACGUGGACUUUGACUGAGGACGGUAAACAACCGGGGCGAUGGGAAGAGGCUGAACUGUGGCCGUGA